AGGAGAAGUGCGGGAGGGUGACGUUUAUGCCGUUGAAUCGGGUUCAAGUGAGGAUGGGUCACGUCGGGUUGGCGACGACGGAGCAGGUGCAGCCGUUGACGGGGGUGCUUAGCUACGACCACGCGCGGUUUGGGAAGGUGUUUGAACAGGUGUUUGGGAAGGUGAUGCUUUGCCAGUCGCUGGAGGUUGGGACGCAGAUUGCUCGAGCGUACGGCGUUUCUUGCGUGACGCUGGACGGGGAUCGGGUGAACAGCAAGGGGGCGUUGACGGGCGGUUACUAUGACUCGCGGCGCUCGAAGAUUCGGCUGAUCAAGGAGUUGAGGGCGUCUCGGGAGAGGCAGGAGGAGCUGGAGGGGAAGUUGGGCGAGGCGAAGCGGCAGUUGAGCGAGGUGGAUCAGCGCGUGACGCAGAUAGUGGACGAGUUGGGUCAGUUCGAGGCUCGGAGGGUGAGGGUGCACGACUUGUUCGAGGUGUCGAGGGCGAACGCUCAGGAGGCGCAGGUUGAGGUGCUGGCCGGUCAGGAGCAGCUGCGGAAGAUGAGAUCGACGUUGUCGGAGCAAGAGAAGUCCGCGCGCGAGUUGGGGGAGAGGGUCGCGAUGCUGGAGCGGGAGUUGGGGUUGGAGAUGCCGACGGAGAUGUCCAGCGAGGAGGAGGAGGAGUUGAGUCGGCUCGAGCGCGAGCGCGAGGUGUUAGAAAGGGAGGCGGUGGAGGUUUCGCGCGAGAGGGGCUCGCUGGAGUGCAGCAAGGCGGAACUCGAGAGUUCUUUGACGAGUAGGUGGUUGCCAUUGAAGGCGGAGCUCAAGUCGGAGGUGGCGUCGCUGGAGCUGGAGCGAGCGGACCAGAAGUUGGCGCCGGCGUCGGAGGAGUUGGUGCGCGUGCGGAGGACGAUCAAGGAGCUUAGAGAUCGCGUGGAGGAGUUGGAUCAGUCGUCGGCGGAGAAGGCGCGUCGGUUGGAGGCGCUGGCGAGGCGGAGCUCGGAGCUGCGCGAAAGCGAGUCGGAGCAGGACGAGCGAAUGCAGGAGAUGAGCAAGAAGGUGGAGAGGCUGAUCAAUACGCACAUGUCGCUUGUUGCGAAGAAGAACGAGCUGACGAAGCGCAUGCGCGAGGUCGGGAGCGUGCCGUCGGACACGUUGGAGAAGUUUCGCGACCUGGGGUACGCGGAGUGCUUCGGCGAGUUGCAGAAGACGAAAUUGGCGCUGGAAAAGUACGCGCACGUGAACAAAAAGGCGCUGGACCAAUACAUGAACUUUGCGGAGGAGCGAGACAGAUUCACGGAUCGAAAGCAGCAAAUGAGCGCGGAGAGCGAGGCGGUUCACGCGCUCAUAAGGAAGUUGGACAUGCAGAAGGACGAGGCGAUCGAGAGGACGUUCAAGGGCGUUUCGAAGUACUUCUCGGAGGUUUUCACGGAGUUGACGGGCGGAAGGGCCGCGUUGGUCAUGCAGACGUCCGAGGGCGGUUCCAACGGGGUCGCUGGAGAGUCCGCGGGCCCUCGAAUCAGGUUUUACAAGGGGGUGGAUAUCCGGGUGUCCUUUGCUCCGCCCGACAGCGCGAGUCGGUUCGAGCAGUUGAAUCAGCUGUCCGGAGGCCAGCAAUCAGUGGUGGCGCUCGCGCUGAUUUUCGCGAUUCAGCGCUGCGAUCCCGCGCCUUUCUACAUAUUCGACGAAAUCGACCCCGCGCUGGACGAGAGGCAUCGGUUGGCAGUGGCGAAAAUGAUCACGAAGCUGAGCGAAAAUGUGCAGUUCAUCAUUACGACGCAUCGCCCAGAGAUGGUGCAAUGCGCCUCCAAGUGCUACUUGAUCCAGUUCGAGAACAAGGUCAGCAACGUCGUGUCCGCAUCCGUAGAGGAGGCGUUGGAAAUGAUAAGGGUGGAGGGAGAGGGCGGAGAGAACAUCGACGACGAACAGGCGAAGUUGAGCAAGGACAUGCAAUCCGUGAGCGUGUCCGCGUUCUCGACUGAAAUUGAAGAAGAGGCGCCCCCCGGAGAAGGAGAGUUCCAAGAAGAUGACUCGUGAGCAACGCGCGCGAGGCUGCUCUGCUUGUUCAGGUCCUUUCGCUGCAGAGUGUGUUAGUCGUUCAGAAAGCCUUGUAUUUUUUUUUUCUUUUCGGGCUGUGUUUGGCGUACACAUUGGCCGUUAUGGUUUUUUUGUUUUUUUUUUUUAUUGUUGUUACAAUUAUGUCAAGUCUGCGCGUUGAUGGGAAACAUAUUUUUCAGCUAACCAGUCAUGUCCAAGGUUCGAUUCGAUGGUCGAGUGGCGGUCGUCACAGGUGCUGGAGGCGGUCUUGGUCGUGCAUAUUCCAAGCUGCUUGCGUCUCUUGGGGCGUCGGUAGUGGUCAACGACCUUGGAACCAGCACGUCCGGAAGCGGGAAAUCGGCCGGAGCGGCGGACGUGGUCGUGGAGGAGAUCAAGAAGUCUGGCGGACGAGCCGUGGCCAACUACGACUCGGUCGAGAACGGUGACAGGAUUGUCCAGACUGCGCUUGACGCGUUCGGAAGGGUGGACAUUCUGAUCAACAACGCCGGGAUCCUGCGAGAUACGAGCUUUCAAAACAUGAAGGACGAAGAUUGGGAUUUGGUGUACGAAGUGCACCUCAGGGGGGCAUACCGCGUCACCAAGGCCGCGUGGCCGCACAUGGUCAAUAAUAAGUACGGGCGCGUCAUUAUGACGGCAUCCGCGGCUGGGUUGUAUGGGAACUUCGGUCAGGCCAAUUACGGAGCGGCGAAGAUGGGGUUGCACGGUUUCAGCCAAGCUCUGUCCAAAGAAGGGAGGAAGCACCAGAUUUUGGUGAAUACGAUAUCUCCGCUGGCGGGAUCUAGAAUGACGGAAAAGGUGCUUCCCAGGCAGCUUUUGGAAGCGCUUCGUCCGGAGUAUGUGGCACCCUUUGUCGCUUACUUGGUCAGCGAAGAGAACAAGACUACAGGGGCGUUGUACGAGGUCGGUGCCGGAUACAUCGCGCGGGUUCGGUGGCAAAGGUCGCGGGGAAAGCUGUUUCCCACGGACACCGAGCUAAAGGCGGAGGCCAUUAGGGAUGCCUGGAGGGAGAUCGGCGAUUUUUCCAAAGAUCCUCAAUAUCCGACGGAUAUGAGCGACUCGUCGAGGAUCGUCAUGGAGUACGUGUCGAAGAGGCCGGCGAGCGGUUCGAGGGUCGAGUCGUCCGAAAAGAACGUGGAAAAGAGUGCAAGUGGUUCUCCGAGCGUGGAGGCCAUUUUGGAAAUGUUGAGGCGCCAGGUUGAAAGGGAUGGCCCCAUGUUGAAAGACAGAAUCAACGGCGUGUUCGAGCUGCAGAUUGUCCAGCCGGAUGGACGCAUAAAAAGUUGGACGAUCGACUUGAAGAGUGACCACCCGAGUCUAAAGGAGGGCGCGGCCUCCAAAGCAGAGGUCCAGUUGACGAUGAAGCCGGACGAUUUUGUUGCGUUGGUCUCGAGGAGACUGAACGUCCAAAGUGCAUUUGUAGACGGAAGGCUCAAGGUCAAGGGAAAUUUGAGCCUCGCGAUGAAAUUUGAGCCCUUUAUAAACUCCGUGUCCAAGCUUUAGAGCCGAACUGGCAUGCAGUUGAAUUGUCAUAUAUGUACAAUAAAAUUGGAACAGACAAA